AUGAAGAAAAAGUAUCAAGGCACAACAAGGGUGAAAAGACAGCAUCUCCAAGCUCUUUGCAAAGAGUUCAAGAUUCUUCAAAUGAAGCAAGGUGAGUUUGUUGAUGAGUAUUUCUCACGGACCUUGGCUAUAGUAAACAAGAUGCAGAUCCAUAGAGAGAAGAUUGAAGAUGUAGCUGUGGUUGAGAAGAUUCUUCGGUCGAUGGAUUCUAAAUUUGCAUGUGUGAGAGAGGAUCAAAUAGAGGAUAUAGUCGAGGUCGUGGAAGGUGACCAGGAAAAGGACAAGCAUGAAAUUCAGCAUCAGUUGACAGCAACCUACACACCUCAACAAAAUGGUGUUGCUGAAAGGAAAAACCAUACUAUCCUCAACAUGGUUCGAAGUAUGAUUGCCAAUGGGAGAGUUCCAAAAGAUUUUUAG